ACGAUUCAAGGUAUUGAUACAUGACAGGUACACAGCUUCUAUAAAUAUCUCUUUCUCUGUGAGUUCUACUGACCAUCAUAGGGAUAGAACGAACAUUGAUCAUGACUAGCUUGUGGACGGCUUUAACUCUUAUUGUCCUGUCUCUUAUUCAAGUUUAUGCUGUACCAGGUACUUCCUGUACAACGUCUGCUCAAUGCUCUGUGGGAGAAUGCUGUGCAACAAACUCAAUGAUUGUCAGCAAGAGAAAAGCUGUUGCUCCAAGUGAUGGGAAAGGUAUACUUCCCUUUGGUUUUAAAACAUGCCAGCCCUAUCUGACCCUGGGACAGUCCUGCGGCUUAUUUAUCUCUAGUUGUGGCUGUGUUAAAGGCCUAGCCUGUGUCCAACAGGAGCAACAAGUCCCAGACCAAAAUCUGUCCAGCCAGAGACUAGUCAUCGGGACCAGCAACAGCUUUUGUGUUCGCGCUUACUCAGGGAAAUGAGCAAAGUCAUUGUAUUGUAAACAUUAAAACACAUUUGUUAAAUUUAA